AUGACGGUUCACGUGGUUGAAGCGUCAGCAAGUUUCACCGCAUACGCAUUUUAUUUUCAACUGGACUGUAGUUACGCUGAUGACAUAGCCUUUAGAUUCGAAGGUGUUUGGGCACAUGGUGAUUUUUGUCAAAUAAAUGCGAGUACUGGUGGAGUCGUCAUGCUUGGGCGAAGUGACGCAACAUUGAAUCGUGGUGGCGUACGGAUUGGUACAGCAGAAAUUUACUCUAUCGUCGAAACAUUUACUGAGAUUAGUGACAGCAUUGCGGCCGGACAGUUUGUGUUAGUAAACAGUUUUUACCUUGACAAUGUCUGCAUGGUGUAUUCAAUUGCUGGUUUUAUACUUUCGUAUUCUGCACAAUUUGGAUCGUAUAAUGUGCUUUUUAACCAAUAUGACUAG